UGGGAAAUUUCGGUUUACCGCGUAUUAUUCUCCUCAACGCCGCGAUCAUGAAAGCGUUACUCUCCCAGCUCCGUCGGGCAUUGCCUCCAAUCAAUACCGUCUCUCUGUUUAUACAGUCUCAUGAAGCGUAGUGUUUCAGUCGUAUAAUAACUGCCAGUAAGUUCAGGUAUGGUCAUCAAUUCAAGCAUUCGCAAUGUCUCGCAAUCAGGCUAAUGACGCUACGAACGAGCUCAACAAUUAUCUGCAGUCCAUCGGACAGGGCUCUUCUUUGAGCUGGGUCGACACGCGACAGGGGCUUACGCACCAGUAUGUAUGGACCUCAACUUGCAAAAUCUCUGGAAUUCCAUAUGGAGUCGGCUCGGGGACUCACAAGCAUCAGGCUAGAAAUGCGGCGUCACCGCUGCGGAGACUGUGUUUGACAAAUUCAUGUUGCAUUAUGUUCAUCUGUUCACACUUUUCCUAUUUUCUUACAAGUUGCGCACCCCCUUUGCAUUCAUCCUUAUGCAUCUUCAUUCAUCACCAUCCAUCACACAUCUUUCUUGAACGGACGUUCCUGUACCUGCAUCGUUCUCGAUUAGUACACGUCACCCGCCUUAUCUAAUCUGUCUCAUUAGAGGCAUCAGGGUCUGAAAUUAUUUUUGCCUCGUGUUUUCAACUCUUUUGCUCGGUUUCUACUCGCGAUUUAAUUUUUGCAUGAUGCAUCCAAGUUAGACGACACUCGCUUACUUACUGAUAAUUUUCGGCACAUAGAGAUCCCU